UGCCCUGGGAAUUCCCUACACUGUGGGGUGGCUGGAAAAGGAAAAAAAAAAUUGAAAAGAAUAUAUGGAAUCUCCGUGGCCGAGUUUUGGGGCGCUUUAAAUUUUGUGCACGGCGGGGGCCGCUCACCCCGGUCUUAAUCUGAAUCCCAGUGUCCAUCCUACUUCGUGGAGGCGGGGGUGUGUGGGUGGGUUCGAGGUCCGUCUUACUUCCAUGCCUCACCUUGAUUAAAUGAAACAGUAACUUACAUUCUGUGCUUUUACCCAGCGGAGGUGAGGCUGGUGGUCAGCAGGGAGGCUGGCCGCAGGGGCGGGCGUGUUGACCCCCUUGGGUCUGCUCUCCCCCUGCAGGCUGUAGGCGGACAGAUGCCUGGCCAAACGUGGUCCUUGGCUGUAGUUUUCUGAGAGGGACGGCUGUCUUUCUACUCUGAGUGGAAGAAAAUCCAUUUUGGAGCAACCUCCUUUUUGCGGUCGUAUCUCAUGGGGGCGGGGUGGGGUCCAUGUUUCCUGGGCACUUUGGCGCAGGGCACAGAUUUGGGAACCGCCUCUGUGUCAUCCCGGACCUGCCCCCAUCCCCUGUGGGUCUGCGCAGUCUGGACCAGUCGGUCCCGCGGUGCCGCUCAGGGCUGUCCAGGGCCCCUUCCCGCAGCCACAUGGUUGGCAGGCAACAUGGUCGGAUAUGGAAGUUACACACCACCGUCGGGGAAGGGUCUCUCUCAGGCUUUUAAUUUUUAUUAUUUUGUUUCUUUUUAUGGCUGCAGCUGCGGCACAGGGAAGUUCCCAGGCUAGGGGUCCAUUGGAGCUCCGGCUGCAUGUCUACACCACAGCCACAGCCAUGCGGGAUCGGAGCUAUGUCUGUGAUUUAUACCCCAGCUCCGGGCAACACUACAUCCUUAACCCACGGAGCAAGCCCAGAGAUUGAACCCGCAUCCUCAUGGAUACCAGGCAUGUUCUUGACCUGCUGACCCACAACGGGAACUCCACUCUUAGGCGUUUCUGUUUAAUCAGGAAAACCCAUACACGCUGCUGGUCCAGUUUGACACAUCAGGGAGGAGCUACUAAGCCGUAGCCAGGGGUCUUGUGCUGUCUGUGGACGUGGGAAAUCUCCUUAAACCAUUUCCAGAUCUGAUGGAGGAAAAGGGGCCUCUUUCAGAACGCUCUUGUCUGCGCUGAGAUUCUUUGUGUUCUGGGGGUGGGGGGAGGUCACCAGCUGGGGAGACCUCGGAAAGCUUGGGCUGUGCAGGCGACCUUGCCGUGCUGGGUGUGGGCGUGGUCCAAUGAGCCGGACAGGCAGACGGAGCCCAGGGCACGCGUCCUGUGUUGCAGGAGAUUUCUUUAAAGACCCCCUCCCGGAGGCGGACCUGUACCUGCUGGCCAGGGUCCUGCACGACUGGACGGACGACAAGUGCUCCCGCCUGCUGGCCAGAAUCCACGGCGCCUGCAGGACAGGCGGUGGCAUCCUGGUCAUUGAGAGCCUCCUGGAUGCCGAUGGGCGGGGCCCCCUGACCACACAGCUCUACUCGCUCAACAUGCUCGUGCAGACCGAGGGCCGCGAGCGGACCCCCGCCCAGUACCGCGCACUCCUGGCCCCCGCUGGCUUCCACGACAUCCAGUGCCGCAGAACCGGGGGCACCUACGACGCCAUCCUGGCCAGGAAGUGACCCCCAGCGUCAUCUGAGACCCCUCACGGACUGCCCUCCAGAGGCCGUGUCUGGCACAUUUCCUGGUUUUGUGCCCGGAGAGCGAUGCUGAGCUUCUGCUCCCAGAUGCCGACUGCCUGCCACCGUGAGGGGUGUCUUGUUUUAGUUUUUGAGUUAUUUUCAUUUGAUUGUGUAUCAUUCCAGUCCGAUCUAUUUUAUUUCAUUUCAUUCCUUGCAUGUGAUGAAGUGAGGGGUCUGAGAGGAGGUCCCCCUGGAUGAGGGGCCCUCCCUCCAAGGACAGGGUCCUCCUAAGAGACGCAAGAGGAGACACAGUCACAGAGGAGAAGCCACGGGAAGUUCUGAGAGGAGGUCCUCCUGGAUCGGAGUGGCCCUGGGAACUCCUGCGCCAUUUUUAAGUGUCCAGUCCAGUAGCCUUGAGGACAUUCGUAGUGUUUAGCAGCCACCCCCUAUCCUCCGUCUCCAGAACUUUCUCACCUUCCCAAACUGAAACUCUGUCUCCAUUCAGCACCCACUCCCCCAUCCCCUCCCUCAGCCCCUGGCCCCACCGUCUACUUCCCUACUCUGUGAAGUUGCCUAUUCUAGAUUAAAUUGCAAUCUUUUAAUAAUGGUUAUUAUGUUUGUAUGUGUGUAUAUAUAUAUACUCACUCCCCCCAAAUUACAACCCUUGUGAUCAUCUCUGGAGAGGCUCCAUCCCAGGGGUACCUCCUGAGCACCUGAUGAACAAUGUUCCGCCCUGAGUCUAGCUGCCGCAGAAAAGGUAACGUCCGGAGGUUUGCAACACUGUAGCCCUGAGUCACCUCCACAUGGCCUGAUCCAGGAAAUGAGAAAUCUAGUUCACCAGAGUUCCCAUGGUGGCUCAGCAGGUUAAGAGCCUGACACAGUGUCUGUGAGA